ACCGACUGCUGCUGCUCAGGUAACUUCUAAAGGGGAGGAGUUCAGCAGAAGGCCUGUGAUUGGCUAAGGUUAGUGUUUAAAAAUGGCCCGUCAUUGGAUAUGUAAGAUGUUCAUUUUACUCAGAGAUAGAAAUUUCAUCAACUUAAAAUCAGAUCCCGAAAAGGAAUGCAGUUGCUUAGCUUAGCACAAAUGCUAGAAACAAAUGAAAACUGCUAGCAGAGCUGGCAGAGCUGCUUCUAAGGACUUCAAACCUCCAAAAACAACAAACUGAGGAUCCAAUAACAUCACAGCUCACAUUUCCUCUGCAUCAUUUAGUCAGUUUGUUGAUUAGUUGUGAAUUAAUAAUCUGGUGGUUGCAAUCGAUGGAUUGUUGCCUCUGUUUGAGUAUUUUUUUAGUACAGCGUAAAUUCUGUGAUUGCAGCUUCAUAAAUGUGAAUAUUUCCUCUUUAUUUCUCCUCUGUUACAGUAAGCAGAAUAUUUUUGGGUGGCUGACAUAUCCUGUCAUCUGGGAACCACUGAUCUAAACCUUUCACUGUUUUCUGACAUUUAAAAGAGCAGACAUGGUCUCUCUCAUGUUAUUUUCAUGUAGAAAAUAAUUUGAAUAAUCGUCAGUGACAGUAAACAAACUACACAUUAUCUUCCUCAGUAGUUCAUCUAUUGUCUCAAGCAACUGAUAAACUGUUGAAGGUCCCACAUGGGUUCAAAUUCAUUUUCAUUCUAUUUUGUGCUUGUCCAGUGUUCUCCCGCUUUCAAUGAUCGGCUGUUUUCAGGAUGAAUCGAGAGAAUUAUCACGCUGUUUCCCCAUUUGAAAAAGGAUGAUUCCAUCUUCCUGAGCUUGAGCUGGACUCCACCCAGUGACCAAACAGCUGCUCUUUUUCUGUCCUCAUUUUAUUUUGCAGCUAGCUGGUGGCAAAGUAACAGGUUUACAAGACGACAACUGGACAGGUGGAUGAGGUGAAAAACCAUUGAAGGGAAACUCAGAGGAACAACGUUCACAUUAAUGCAACAGACAUUUAAUUUAACCUGGCUGACAAAACAGUUCAGUUUUUUCUGUUUUCUUUUUCAUGUUUGUCAGUUUUCACAUGAAACAAAACUGAAGAAAUUAUUACACGACUGAUUGAUUUUUUACUCAAUCGUGUACCACGUGGAUUUUCCUGCAUUUUAAAAGAAGAAAUUUGAAUCACGUUUUUAUCAGACUUUUCAACCUAUUUAUACUUUUUAAACUGUAUAUAUAUAUAUAUAUUUUUUGAAGUGCAAUCCUUUCCAAAUACAAUAAUAAAUAAUAAUAAUAAAAAAGCAUUGGCACUAACGCUCUAUAAACAUUUUAAAUCGUCCACCAUUCACCACGCUUACAAACCACAAUAAAUUACAUGAUAUUUUACCCUUAGAUAGAAAUCCACUGGACUCUAAUUAGCUCCAUCUCGUCUGCAGUUUCAUUUACAACCAAUCACACACAGACAUGAAAGAGUUCAUGAAUGAUGCCGUUAGCUCAUGCUAACACAGACUGCAGCAGGUCAAACACCGGCAGGUCAAACAUCAGCAUUGGCAGGUCAGACAUCGGCAGGUCAAACAUCGGCAGGUCAGACAUCAGCAGAUCAAACAUCGGCAGGUCAAACACCGGCAGGUCAAACACCGGCAGGUCAAACACCGGCAGGUCAGACAUCGGCAGGUCAGACAUCGGCAGGUCAAACAUCGGCAGGUCAGACAUCAGCAGAUCAAACAUCGGCAGGUCAAACACCGGCAGGUCAAACACCGGCAGGUCAGACAUCGGCAGGUCAGACAUCGGCAGGUCAGACACCGGCAGGUCAAACACCGGCAGGUCAGACACCGGCAGGUCAGACACCGGCAGGUCAGACAUCGGCAGGUCAGACAUCGGCUGGUCAAACAUCGGCGGGUCACACAUCGGCGGGUCAGACAUCGACUGGUCAGACACCGGCUGGUCAGACACCGGCAGGUCAGACAUCGGCAGGUCAGACAUCGGCAGGUCAGACACCGGCAGGUCAGACAUCGGCAGGUCAGACAUCGGCAGGUCAGACACCGGCAGGUCAGACAUCGGCAGGUCAAAAAUCGGCAGGUCAAACACCGGCAGGUCAGACAUCGGCGGGUCAAACAUCGGCGGGUCAAAUAUCAGCAUCGGCAGGUCAGACAUCGGCAGGUCAGACAUCGGCAGGUCAGACACCGGCAGGUCAAACACCGGCAGGUCAGACAUCGGCAGGUCAAACAUCGGCUGGUCAAACAUCGGCGGGUCAAACAUCGACUGGUCAAACAUCGGCAGGUCAAACACCGGCAGGUCAGACACCGGCAGGUCAAACACCGGCAGGUCAAACAUCGGCAGGUCAGACAUCGGCUGGUCAGACACCGGCUGGUCAGACACCGGCAGGUCAGACAUCGGCAGGUCAGACAUCGGCAGGUCAGACAUCGGCAGGUCAGACACCGGCAGGUCAAACACCGGCAGGUCAAACACCGGCAGGUCAGACAUCGACUGGUCAAACAUCGGCAGGUCAAACAUCGGCAGGUCAGACACCGGCAGGUCAAACACCGGCAGGUCAAACACCGGCAGGUCAAACACCGGCAGGUCAAACACCGGCAGGUCAGACAUCGGCAGGUCAGACAUCGGCAGGUCAGACAUCGGCAGGUCAAACACCGGCAGGUCAAACACCGGCAGGUCAGACACCGGCAGGUCAGACAUCGGCAGGUCAGACAUCGGCUGGUCAGACACCGGCUGGUCAGACACCGGCAGGUCAGACACCGGCAGGUCAGACAUCGGCAGGUCAGACACCGGCGGGUCAAACACCGGCGGGUCAAACAUCGGCGGGUCAAACAUCGACUGGUCAAACAUCGGCAGGUCAAACAUCGGCAGGUCAGACACCGGCAGGUCAAACACCGGCAGGUCAGACAUCGGCAGGUCAAACACUGGCAGGUCAAACAUCGGCGGGUCAAACAUCGGCUGGUCAAACAUCGGCAGGUCAACCAUCAACAUCGGCAGGUCAAACAUCGGUGGGUCAUACAUCAGCAUCGGCAGGUCAAACAUCAGCAUCGGCAGGUCAAACAUCAGCAUCGGCAGGUCAAACAUCGGCGGGUCAAACAUCGGAAGGUCAAACAUCAGCAUCGGCAGGUCAAACAUCGGCGGGUCAAACAUCGGAAGGUCAAACAUCAGCAGGUCAAACACUGGCAGGUCAGACAUCGGCGGGUCAAACAUCGGUGGGUCAAACAUCGGCUGGUCAAACAUCGGCAGGUCAAACAUCGGCAGGUCAACCAUCAACAUCGGCAGGUCAAACAUCAGCAGGUCAAACACCGGCAGGUCAGACAUCGGCGGGUCAAACAUCGGCGGGUCAAACAUCGGCAGGUCAAACAUCGGCAGGUCAGACACCGGCAGGUCAAACACCGGCAGGUCAGACAUCGGCAGGUCAAACACCGGCAGGUCAAACAUCGGCGGGUCAAACAUCGGCUGGUCAAACAUCGGCAGGUCAACCAUCAACAUCGGCAGGUCAAACAUCGGUGGGUCAUACAUCAGCAUCGGCAGGUCAAACAUCAACAUCGGCAGGUCAAACAUCAGCAUCGGCAGGUCAAACAUCAGCAUCGGCAGGUCAAACAUCAGCAUCGGCAGGUCAAACAUCGGCGGGUCAAACAUCGGAAGGUCAAACAUCAGCAUCGGCAGGUCAAACAUCGGCGGGUCAAACAUCGGAAGGUCAAACAUCAGCAGGUCAAACACUGGCAGGUCAGACAUCGGCGGGUCAAACAUCGGUGGGUCAAACAUCGGCAGGUCAGACAUCGGCAGGUCAAACAUCGGCAGGUCAGACAUCGGCAGGUCAAACAUCGGCAGGUCAAACACUGGCAGGUCAGACAUCGGCGGGUCAAACAUCGGCAGGUCAACCAUCAACAUCGGCAGGUCAAACAUCAGCAGGUCAAACACCGGCAGGUCAGACAUCGGCGGGUCAAACAUCGGCGGGUCAAACAUCGGCUGGUCAAACAUCAGCAUCGGCAGGUCAAACAUCAGCAUCGGCAGGUCAAACAUCGGCAGGUCAAACAUCGGCAGGUCAAACACCGGCAGGUCAAACAUCGGCUGGUCAAACAUCAGCACCGGCAGGUCAAACAUCGUCAGAUCAAACAUCGGCAGGUCAAACAUCGGCGGGUCAAACAUCAGCAUCGGCAGGUCAAACAUCAGCAUCGGCUGGUCAAACAUCAGCAUCGGAAGGUCAAACAUCAGCAUCGGCAGGUCAAACAUCGGCAGGUCAAACAUCCGCAGGUCAGACAUCGGCAGAUCAGACAUCGGCGGGUCAAACAUCGGCAGGUCAAACAUCGGCAGGUCAGACAUCGGCAGGUCAAACAUCGGCAGGUCAGACAUCGGCAGGUCAAACAUCGGCAGGUCAGACAUCGGCAGGUCAAACAUCGGCAGGUCAAACAUCAGCAUCGGCAGGUCAGACAUCGGCAGGUCAAACAUGGGCAGGUCAAACAUCAGCAUCGGCUGGUCAAACAUCGGCAGGUCAACCAUCAACAUCGGCAGGUCAAACAUCGGUGGGUCAUACAUCAGCAUCGGCAGGUCAAACAUCAGCAUCGGCAGGUCAAACAUCGGCGGGUCAAACAUCGGAAGGUCAAACAUCAGCAUCGGCAGGUCAAACAUCGGCGGGCCAAACAUCGGAAGGUCAAACAUCAGCAGGUCAAACACUGGCAGGUCAGACAUCGGCGGGUCAAACAUCGGUGGGUCAAACAUCGGCAGGUCAGACAUCGGCAGGUCAAACAUCGGCAGGUCAGACAUCGGCAGGUCAAACAUCGGCAGGUCAAACACUGGCAGGUCAGACAUCGACGGGUCAAACAUCGGUGGGUCAAACAUCGGCUGGUCAAACAUCGGCAGGUCAAACAUCGGCAGGUCAACCAUCAACAUCGGCAGGUCAAACAUCAGCAGGUCAAACACCGGCAGGUCAGACAUCGGCGGGUCAAACAUCGGCGGGUCAAACAUCGGCUGGUCAAACAUCAGCAUCGGCAGGUCAAACAUCAGCAUCGGCAGGUCAAACAUCGGCAGGUCAAACAUCGGCAGGUCAAACACCGGCAGGUCAAACAUCGGCUGGUCAAACAUCAGCACCGGCAGGUCAAACAUCGUCAGAUCAAACAUCGGCAGGUCAAACAUCGGCGGGUCAAACAUCAGCAUCGGCAGGUCAAACAUCAGCAUCGGCUGGUCAAACAUCAGCAUCGGAAGGUCAAACAUCAGCAUCGGCAGGUCAAACAUCAGCAUCGGCAGGUCAAACAUCAGCAUCGGCAGGUCAAACAUCGGCAGGUCAAACAUCGGCAGGUCAGACAUCGGCAGAUCAGACAUCGGCGGGUCAAACAUCGGCAGGUCAAACAUCGGCAGGUCAAACAUCAGCAUCGGCAGGUCAAACAUCGGCAGGUCAGACAUCGGCAGGUCAGACAUCGGCAGGUCAAACAUCGGCAGGUCAAACAUCAGCAUCGGCAGGUCAAACAUCGGCAGGUCAAACAUCAGCAGAUUAGGGUUUGGGUGUGCGUUCCUCCUUAUGUCCCAGGUAAAACCCUGCAGUCACAGAUUGGUUCUGCCCAGCUGACUGACACACUUGUGUGGCUGCUUCCUUCAUUCCUUUCAGCUUC